UUUUGUAGCGUUGAUGCUUUUAUUGUGAAAAUAACCGGAAAAGCCAUGUUAGCUCAGAGAAGCUAACAAGGAGCUGAUCACGGGACAUGUAAACAAGAACAAACAGAUUUAAGUGGACAAGUCAUGGACAACUCUGCAGCAAAUAACAAUCCCUCAGCCUGUCAGACCUGGAUGGACCAGAAUGGCUGGCCCACAUCUUCAUCACAAGGACUGGUCAACAACCCGCUCACCAGCUCUCAGCAUCUCCGCCUGCAUUCGCUGUGUGAUCAGACAUCGUUUUACACCCAGCAGCAGGCGUCUGGUCAGAGCUGCAUGUCUUCAGUAGAGAACAGUCAGAACGCUGCUCACCUGGACACAAUACCAUCAAACUCCCUCUUUUAUAGCACCCCUAAUCCUAGCGCUCCUCACCUGAUGUCCUUUGCUCAGCAAGUCCCUCACACAUCGAAGUGCGUAGCAACGUGCCAAGGAAAACCUAUGUCCCCGCCAUCGUCUCGUCAGCCAAACAAUGGAGUUAAGCACUCGAUAUCCCAGAAUCCACCACCUCUGUCAGCUAACAGCUCUUAUGAAACGUUUCACAUCCCGUUGUUCGUUCAGGGUUCAGCAAACAGACUUCCUGAUCAGUCCAGCACGUCUUAUGACUCAUCCACAUCCCAGAAGCAGGCUCGGUGGAUGCCCUCAUCACAGAGUAAAGGAGCUGCAGUUCCAUCUGCCUCAUACUCAGAUGAGCUUGUCAAUAAACAGCAGGAGAAAGAUGUGCCUUCAGUGGCUGAUAUCGAAAAGCGUCGUUCAACAAUUUUAAAACAGCGUGCACAGCUGCUCCAACAACUGGAGAACGUAGAUGUACUACUGGAAUCUCUGCCUCCAAGUAACAGCAGUGACAAGCAGCUGUCACACAAAACUGUUCAGUCUCAACAUUCAGCAAAUCGUUCGCCGUCUUUGUCCUGUGACCAACAGGAUAGCCUGUCCGACAAGCAAAAAGAGCCAGUGUCACCAGCCGAAUCAGUGGAUCAGCAAGUAGAAAAAAGUUGUAGCGAAUCAGAGGAUGAGAAUGAAUCUAAUUAUAAAUCUACAAGUGAUGGAAAUGUUUCAGACUGUGUGUCUGAGGACACCACUGACUCGGAGGAUUACCCUGCAGAGGACACAGCCUGCAAAAAAGAGGCUGGGGAAGAGGAAAGCACCACUCAAACAAAUACACAGAAGCCCUCAGAAACUGUGGUUGUGCCAAUAUCACACCAGAAAGGAAAGCGCAUUUUUGACAAAAAGAAUUACUGUUUAUUCUGUUCAAAGCCUGUGCUCAAAAUGUCAAGACAUCUUACAGUGAUCCACAGUGACAGAGCUGAAGUUGCUGUUGCGUUCCAGCAUCCGGUGCACUCAAAAGAAAGGACACAAAUAUGGAAAAAACUAAUAAAGGCGGGAAACUUUGCUCACAACAAGUAUGUUUUACAAACAGGAAAAGGACAGCUUGCUGUACAAGCAAGACCCACAAAGCCACAAAAAGCAACAGAUUACGUUCACUGUGUUUAUUGCUUUGGAAACUUUGCUAAGAAAAACGUAUGGAGGCACCUGAAAACGUGCAGUGAAAAACCAGAGAAAGCAAACGAAACAAAGGAUAAAAGGCCACGAUUGGUUACACAGUGCGCAAUUCUGACUAAAAACUGUGAAAACCUGAGUGAGGGUUUUAAAAACGUCCUAUGUGAGAUGCAAUAUGACGACGUGACCGAAGCUGUCAUAAAAGAUCAGAUUCUCUUGCAGUUUGGAGAGCAGAUGUUUAGUGAGUACAGUGACGAUGUAAAGAAUCAUCAGUACAUAAGACAAAACCUUCGACUGGUAGCAAGACUUCUGCUGGAGGCUCAAAAAUCGACUCCUAUGCGGACUCUGGAGGAUUUCUUUCAGCCCUCUAACUUUAAACAUGUGGUGUCUGCCGUGAAAUCUGUGGCAGGGUAUGACCCCGAAACGAAAACCUUCACCACGCCCUCACUGGCCUUUAAGGUUGGUUACAACCUACAAAAGAUCUGCAGUGUUGUUGAGCGCACUGCAGUGAAAUAUGGUGAUACCAAAGCAGAGGAGGCUUGCAAAAUCUUUCAAUCUUUGUAUCAAAAGAAAUGGAAUAAACACAUUUCUUCACGUGCUUUUAGAAAUCUCAAGGAAACCAAAAAGAAAAACAAAGAUGAUGCACCGUUUGUUGAAGAUGUGAAACGCCUUCAUGACCACUUGGAGAAGGUUCAUCGUGAUGCUGAGGAGAAACUCAAAGAGAACGUUUGUAGUGAGAACUACCUUGCUCUGGCCAAGGUGGUACUGGCUCAGAUCCUUGUUUUCAACAAGAGGAAAGCUAGAGAGGUCACCUCUAUUUCACUAACGGCUUUCAGGUCUCGGAAAAAGUCUGAUUUACUUGAUGACAUGGACGUAUCUGUCUCAGAUCUGGAGAAAACCCUGUGUGGAUUCUUUAGCAGGGUUGACAUCAAAGGAAACUGUGGGAGAAUGCUCCCUGUUUUACUAAAGCCUUCGUUUGAGUCAGCAAUCGAACUUCUGAUCAGCGUUCGAGAAGAAUGUGGAGUUCCUAAGGACAACCCGUUUGUGUUCGGUAUACCAUCUCCCUUUCCCUCCUCCACCCUGAAAAGGUGGGUCUGCACACAAAUAUUUGUUAAAGAAUGUGGAGCUGAAAAGCCAGCGGCUCUCACGUUACCCAAGCUUCGGCAGCAUUUUGCAACGAUGAUGUCAAAAGUUUACCUGAGUGAUGAUGAGUUCAGACAGAUCUUUGGCCCUAAACGUCAGACCCAAGCAGUGCAUGGCGACGCUGGAGUGGAGUGUGAUGACCAACAUCAUGACCUUUCCAGUUCACUCUUUGGACCAGAAUGUCUCGGUCAUAAACAGGAAACAACAACAAUCAGCUUCACUGCUGAAUACAACAGGAAAUAUGGAAAAGCCUUGCGGUGUAAAACCAAACCUAAAUGGGAUGAAGCAGAGGUCCGAGCUGUAGAAAAACACCUGAUGAGGUUCAUUCAGGAGCACAAGUUGCCCCAAAAAGUCGACUGCGUUCGGUGCCUUGAAGCUGAGCCACGUGCCCUGAGGAACCGCUCCUGGAAAGGUUUGAAGGACUACGUCAGAAACCGGAUCACAACUCUGCAGAGAGAAAGCGGUGCUUCCAAAAAGUUGUCGAAAACCAGGAAGAUAACCGGACUGAAGAGAACACAGAAGAGUUCUGUGAGGUCCCAGCCUUCAAACAAACUAGAAGCUGCCAGAGAGCAUCAUGGUGUGGUCCCCAGUUCAAAUGUGGAACCAACCCAACGACCACAUGGAGCAACAACUUACAACAAAGCUUCUACUCCAAAGUCAAAAAAAUCAAAAGCCAAACCUAAAUGGGACGAAGCAGAGGUCACAGCUAUAGAGAAGCACCUGAUGAGUUUCAUUAAAGAGCACAGGUUGCCUCAGAAAGACGACUGCAUUCGGUGCCUUGAGGCAGAGCCGUGUGAACUUGGGAACCGCUCCUGGAAAGGUGUGAAGGACUACGUCAGAAACCGGAUAACAGCUCUGCAGAGACAAAGCUGCUCUUCAAAAACGUCAAAAAAGCGAAGCCUUGGGAAACCGACGGAACCACGGCAGACCACUGUAACAUCAGAGCCUUCAAACAGUCAAGAAACUGUCACUGAGCAUCAGCAUAUAGAUACUGGCUUAAGCUGUCAACAAAAGCAUGGAGUAACGACAAAAAAGUCUGCUGCUCCCACGUCUGACAAGGCAAAAGGCUUGCAGCAGAAAUCUAAACAUAAAUGGGAUGAAGAAGAGAUCCGUGCUGUAGAGGAACAUCUGAUGCAUUUCAUUAAAAAGCAGAAGGUUCCUCAGAAGGAUGACUGUGUUCUGUGUCUGGAGGCUGAGCCAGAUGCGCUGAGAAACCGUUCCUGGAAAGGCAUAAAGGACUAUGUCAGAAACAGGAUUACAACACUGCAACGACAAAGUGGAUCCUCAACGAAUUCAGCAAAAUAUUACAGAUAGGAGCAGGAGGAACUACAGAGUUCUGGACUUUACCAGCGGUUGCUGAUUUGUUUUAGUGUUGAUGGGACAACUGUUCGCUACUGUCUUGUGUUUUUAUACUUCUGGUCAUUUUCACCAUUGUUUUCUUGUUUUGCACUGUUUUCUCACUUCUAGAAGAGAAGUUAAUUCACUGCUUCAUAAACUGCUCAAUUUAUGUUGUAGUCACAGAUUUUCAGCGUUAGACUUUGAUUUUUACAUUUAUGUACCUUACUUUGUGGGACUACUUUUUGUAGCGUUAAUGCUUUUAUUGUGAAAAAAUAAGCGGAAGUGUGUUAGCCUAGAGAACUACAGGGGAUGUUCAUGAGUAUGCUCCCUUUGUAUAAACCAUUGGCCUAAAAUGAAAUGUAUGUAAUGUAUUAUUUUACUCUUUUUUUGCAUCUUUGUGUUAAAAUCUCUUUAUUUUUGAGAUAUUAAACGCUUUAGCGAGCUAGCAGCUAAAGCUAACUUAGCUCGCUAACUCGACACAUUCGUAGCGAGGAUUCUUAAAACCUGCAACGCGAAAAAGAAAUUAGCUACGUUUUUUCUUUGGGUUAAUCUACAUAAAACAAACCGUUGGCAGAACUAUGUAUCUGGUCAUUUCCCAGUUUAGUUCGUUUCCACGUGGUAAUUCCGCGCUUGCAAACAUUUUUAAACAGAAAAUUUACGUUGAUAAAAUAAAAAUCUAAGCAAAA